GGAGCUGACGCAGACACGCACCCAGCAGGGCUGCAGCCUGCUGCUGACUGACGAGCCGUGCUCCGCUGACUCUCCGGUGGCUGAAGCACACACGGUGCAUAUCCAGCAUAACCACAUCCACCUGACGUGUUCCUAUGCUGCCCAUGGACAACGGGGACUCAGCCACGCGGCUGCUCCUGGUUGGGAAGACUGGGGGGGGACGAAGUGCUACAGGGAACACCCUUCUGGGGCGAUGUGCCUUCGAGUCCAAGCUGGCCCCCAAGCCGGUGACCCUGAGCUGCCAGAAGGCAGACGGGCACUGGAAUGGCCACGAAAUCACGGUGAUCGACACGGCCAACAUCUUCUAUUCGUGGGAUGACAAUGCUCAGGUGUACAAAGAAAUCUUGCACUGCAUCAGGCUGUCCUCCCCAGGCCCCCACGCGGUGCUGCUGGUCACCCAGCUGGGCCGCUUCACCCAGGAGGACCAGGAGGCUGUGCAGAGCGUGCAGGACAUCUUUGGAUCCGACGUGCUCAGAUACACGAUUGUCGUGUUCACCCGUGGAGAAGAGCUGGUGGCCGGGUCCCUGCAUGACUACGUGAGAUACACUGGCAACAAAGCUCUGUGUGAUGUGAUCCAGAGCUGUGAGAACAGAUGCUGCGGCAUCAACAACCAUGCCGGAGGGGCUGAGCGGGACCAGCAGGCCCAGCAGCUGAUGGGGAAGAUCCAGGAAAUGAUGCAGGAGAAUGAGGGCAAGUUCUACAGCAAUGAGAUGUACCUGGAUUCCCAAUUAACGGAAGAGAAGGUGAAGUAUCACGUGAAGAAGUACAGAGACGCUAGGAAAAGCAGAAAGCAGCCCUGCUGGAGGAAAUACUGGAAAUGUCUCAUGUUUGCUGGGGGAGCUGCCGUUCUCGUGACUGUGGUUCUCUCACUUUUCCUUACCCGACAGAAGCAAUGAAUCCCACAGUUCCCAAACAGCAGAAUCACAGAGCACUUGGGGCUGCAGGCCAGCAGCUUCACCCCUGCCCUUUCGGGUCCCCCACCACCCACUGCCCAUGGCUGUGUCCCGUUGUGUGUUGGACAUCUCCAGGGAAAGAGAUGUUGCUGCCUGGGGGAGAGUUAAUUUUCUUCAUUGAGGGCUCAUGGAUUGCUGUAUUCUGGAUUUGUGAUGGAACACGUGGUGAUAGCAGCCCAAUGUUCUGGUCGCCAUCAAGUGGUGCUCACACAGAGCUCAGGGCUCUGCCAUCCUGCUGGUGAGGGCUGGAGGUGCGCAGGGAGCUGAGGGGACAGACCUAAGGGAUGUCCUAUGCUUUAUGGUAUUGUGCUCGGUGAUAAAACUGGGGGACAAAGAAGGAAGGGGGACAUUGAGACUAAUGGCAUUUGUCUUCACGACAAAAUGAGACACAUGAUGAGCCUGGCUUUCCUGGGGCUGGUUGAACAAGUGCCUGCUGAUGGGAAGCACUCCAUGUAUUCCUUGUUUUGCUGUGUUUUUGCAUGUGGCUUCUGCUUUACCCAUUAAACUGUCUUUAUCUCAA